AUGCCCAAUGACACAUCCACACUUAUUUUGGUAGUUUCGUGGACCGAAACAUGUAUUGGGUUGAUUUUCUUCACCCUUCGCUUUCUAAGUAAUUGGAAAGUCACAGGGCGUUUUCGCUGGGAUUUUGCCUUUUCUGGGUUGACUGUCGUGGGUAUCCCCAUUGUUUUUUCUUUGAUACGUGAAAUCAACAUCAAGUUUUGUGCAUUAUCUGAUUUUGGCUUUCGCCAGGUAACCGAGACCGCUGGUCAGAUCUUUCUACAGCUAUCAAUAAACGCUGGAAUGGGCCGUCAUUGGAAAGACCUGCACACGACACAGCGAGUUGCUGCUUUGAAAUGGGGCUGGGUAUUCCAGUUACUGGCUAUCGGAGCCAGUAUGCUCGGCAAACUUGCCAUUAUGGCAUUCCUCAUUCAAAUACGAGGUCGGCACGAGAGGAAGCCGUGGCUGUUAAUUGUUCUCGGGACCUUGAUUGGAGCUGUGAAUAUAACCGUGAUGGGAACGAUCCUGGGCCAAUGCAAACCAAUGCAAAAGUUAUGGGAUAAUUCUAUUGAAGGAACCUGCGAUCCAGGAAGGAAGUUGAAUCAAGAUUAUUCAUUUUUUCAAGCCAGUCCGUGCCAUUUUCUUUUAGUCCUGGCUCUAUAUCGAAGCCCAAAUGCGCUGACCUCCCUCCUUAUUUGGGCAUCAACCGAAGCCUGGAUCAUCAUUGUUGUAGGGUGCGUGCCUCCCAUCCGGCCAUUGAUGGAGCGGGUCUUCCAAGCCCUCGGUCUUACCUCGAAGAAAACCUCAACCCCAUACCGGUCGCCUGGUCCUGGAAAUUAUGCCGCAUUCGACACCAAUCGAACAAAUCGAACAGGCAACUCUGGCUUUCAGUCGGGAGCUUACGGGCCAAAAAAAUUGUGGCGGGGCGAUGAUGAGACGUGGAUAGAACUCAACGAUAGCGAGCCUGUAGAUAGCUCAAAGGAGCAUAUUGUCGGCGGCGCAAAGGACGUCGUGGUGACCACAGAUAUCAUCACUCGUUUUGAACAUGCGUUAAGUUAA